CGAAGAAGAAAAGCGUACCGGAAGAGAACCGUAGAAGAAGAAGCAGCACCAGCAGCGGAAGGCGGUUGUUUUCUUUUAGCUUGUUUGCUAAUGUAAACCCGAAUUUAUUAUCUUUGUUUUAACAACUACAGCUCACUCGUACUCUGGAGAUCACAGUAAAGUGGUAGGGAGGAUGCUGGCUACAGGAACGACUGUAACCACGGCGGGUCUGACGCAGGUGGACCGUGACAAGAUCUAUCAAUGGAUCAACGAGCUCUCCAGCCCUGAAACGCGUGAGAACGCCCUGCUGGAGCUCAGCAAGAAGAGGGAGUCUGUGACAGAUCUGGCCCCGAUGCUCUGGCACUCCUGUGGUACUAUAGCCAGUUUUUUACAGGAGAUUGUGAACAUCUACCCAUCCAUAAACCCCCCGACACUGACAGCACAUCAGUCUAAUCGAGUGUGUAACGCUUUAGCACUGCUGCAGUGUGUGGCCUCCCACGUAGAGACACGCUCUGCUUUCCUGGCAGCUCACAUCCCUCUGUUUCUGUAUCCCUUCCUGCACACGGUCAGUAAAACUCGACCCUUUGAAUACCUGCGGCUCACAAGUCUGGGUGUUAUCGGUGCACUAGUGAAAACAGAUGAGCAGGAGGUGAUCAACUUCCUGUUGACCACAGAAAUCAUUCCUCUCUGUCUGCGCAUCAUGGAGUCCGGCAGCGAGCUCUCCAAAACGGUGGCCACAUUUAUACUGCAGAAGAUCCUCCUGGAUGACACGGGUCUUGCGUAUAUCUGCCAGACCUACGAACGCUUUUCACAUGUCGCCAUGAUACUGGGAAAGAUGGUUCUUCAGUUGUCUAAGGAGCCUUCGGCUCGCCUGCUGAAACAUGUUGUGCGCUGUUAUUUACGGCUUUCUGACAACUCCAGGGCGAGAGAAGCUCUGCGUCAGUGCCUGCCCGACCAGCUGAAGGACACCACGUUUGCUCAAGUGCUAAAGGACGACUCCACCACCAAACGCUGGCUUGCUCAGCUUGUCAAAAACCUACAGGAAGGGCAGGUCACAGACCCCCGCGGCAUCCCCUUACCUCCUCAGUAAAACACACUCAUCCCAAACCCUCCAGGACGACCAGCACCAUACCUUAAACACAU